AUGGAAAUCAAACCUGUUGAGGUUAUUGAUGGUGUUCCCGUCUUUAAGCCGUCUAUGAUGGAAUUCGCGAAUUUCCAGUAUUUCAUUGAUGAAAUCACUAAACUCGGGUUGGAGAAUGGUAUUGUCAAAGUCAUUCCUCCUAAGGAAUGGCUUGAUCUUUUAGAGGGUACACCUUCUGUCGAAAGUUUGAAGUCCAUUCGAAUCAACUCCCCCAUUCACCAAAAUGUCAAGCGAUGGGACAGACAAGGGAACGAUAUUUUCACUAUAGGAAGUAGUCAUGGAAACGAAUCGUAUAAUCUAAUGCAGUGGAAAAACUUGUUCGCGAAGUCUGGGUCUCGAAUAAAUCAAAGCAGCCAAGGCGAUGAAAGCCUGGAGGAAAAUUAUAACCUAGACAAUCAACAAGAUUAUUAUGAUUUGACAAGAUUGCAGGCUUUAGAAACGGAUUUUUGGAAAUCCGUUGCUUUUUCGAAGCCACUUUAUGGUGUGGACGAAAAUUCCUCGAUUUUCCCCUAUGACUUGACCCUAUGGAAUUUGAAUAAUUUAUCGGAUUCCAUAAGUUCAAGCAAUGGACAUCUGCUCUUUGGUCAGUCCAAGUCGACAUUCCCAUGGCAUUUGGACGAACAGAACAAAUGUUCAGUGCAUUAUCUGCAUUUUGGUGGGCCCAAGCAGUGGUAUUCUAUACCGUGCUCAAGUACGGACCAAUUUUUGGACUUUUUAUCCAAGGAUCUGCCAACUGAUAAGAAAAACUGUCCUGCAUUCAUGAGUCAUCAAAAUAUCUUAACUUCUCCGGAUUUUUUGAAAGAACAUGACAUAAAGUUUAAUAGAGUACCACAAUUCCAGCACGAAUUCAUCAUAACGUUCCCUUAUAGUGCAUACUCCGGGUUUGAUUAUAGUUACAAUCUUUGCGAAUCUACUGAAUUCUUACUGGACCGUCAAACCGUCCUUAGAAAGCAACCUUUAAAGUGUCUUUGUGGACCUAAAAAGGAAGAGGAGAAAACUGGUGCGUUCUCAAAUUUAUCCUAUGAUUCUAAUGAAUCCGAACAACGAGAAUCCAUCAAUGACAACGACAAUGAUAAUGAUCUGUUUCAAAAGGUUCGAAGUUUUGAUGAGUUGCUAAAUCAUUCCUCUCAAGAGCUGCAAAAUUUAGAAGAUAAUAAGAAUCCCUUAUUUUCCAACAUUAACAUGACCAGACCACAAAGUAGUUCUCUUCGAUCCACCACACCCACUGGUGUAAACCAGUUUUUGAACAUGAACCAGACCACAAUAAGCAGAAUUUCUUCCCCGCUGCUUUCAAGAAUGAUGGAUCUAUCAAAUAUCGUGGAGCCCACUUUGGAUGUUCCCACUUCCAAAUUCAAAAGAAAGGUUUUAACUCCACAAUUGCCCCAGAUGAAUAUUCCAUCGAAUUCCAGUAAUUUUGGCACUCCUUCUUUAACAAAUACAAAUUCUUUGCUAUCUAACAUAACGGCUACGUCGACUAAUCCAUCUACAUUGACAAAUGGUAAUCAAAACUACAAUAAUAGUAAUAAUAAUAAUGAUGAUGACGAUAAUAACAAUAAUAAUAAUAAUAAUAUUAGUAACAAUAAUAAUAAUAGUAAUAAUAACGAUAAUAACUCCAAUGGCGUUGCCAAUGCUACUGCCGCCAUUGCCGCAACUAACAAUACUACAGGUGCCAAUAGUACUACAAAUAACAGUAGUAAUAACAAUAUCUCAACGGUGCCUUCUUCGAUGAUGCAUUCGUCCACUUUGAAUGGGUCUUCAGGUCUAGGUGGCGAUAACGAUGACAACAUGCUGGCUUUAAGUUUGGCCACAUUGGCCAACAGUGCUACUGCUUCGCCAAGACUGACGCUGCCGCCGUUGUCUUCACCGAUGAAUUCAAAUGGAAAUAUUGCAUUCAACGGCAAUAGUAGUAAUGGCAAUAAUUCAUAUUCAAACGGUGCAGCUGUGGCUACUGGUGCUGCUACAUCAGCGCCUCAUAGUCUACCGAUAGUGUCUCCGAAUCCAACGUAUAGUCCGAAUCCAUUAUCUCUUUACUUAACCAACUCCAAGAAUCCAUUAAAUUCAGGUCUUGCUCCAUUAUCACCUUCAACCUCUAACAUCCCGUUCCUCAAGAGAAAUAAUGUGGUUACUUUGAAUAUCUCAAGGGAAGCUUCAAAGAGUCCCAUAUCUUCCUUUGUCAACGAUUAUAGGUCUCCCUUGGGUGUGAGUAACCCACUCAUGUAUUCUUCCACAAUUAACGAUUAUUCUAAUGGUACUGGAAUUCGUCAGAAUAGUAAUAAUAUUAAUCCAUUAGAUGCAGGUCCAUCUUUUUCUCCUCUUCACAAAAAACCCAAAAUACUAAGUGGUGACGAUAAUAGCAACAACAAUAGUAACUUUGAUUACAGUUUUACCGGUAAUAAACAAGAACCCACUUCCGCCAUCUUGAACGAUAAUACUAAUAACGAUGAUAACUAUCGUAAUUCUUCAAUGAAUAAUAAUGGUAUCGGCUAUCAUUCACAUUCUUCUAAGUUCGGUGAAAACGAAGUUAUUAUGUCAGAUCAUGGUAAGAUUUACAUUUGUCGGGAAUGUAAUAGACAGUUCUCUUCUGGUCAUCAUCUAACAAGACACAAAAAGUCCGUUCAUUCUGGUGAAAAACCUCAUUCUUGUCCAAGAUGUGGAAAAAGAUUCAAGAGAAGAGAUCAUGUUCUGCAACAUUUGAACAAGAAAAUUCCAUGUACUCAAGAAAUGGAAAAUGCUAAAGUAGCUGAAUCAUAG